AUGGUCUCACCACUCGUGGAUCUCGCACGAGGACAGGUGGAGGAGAUCAAGAGGUCGGGUCUGAGUGCAGCCUCGUUUGACACCGACAGUCUGGAGGAGGCUCGCGUGAAGCAGAUCCCCGUGUACGAACAAAUGAAGCGCGGCGAGCUCUCUGUCGUCGUCGCGGGUCCGGAGAGGUUGACUGCGAAGACCUUCCGUACCGCACUCCGUGCCGCACGUGCCUACGUCGGGCUAUACAUUAUCGACGAGGCUCACGUCGUGGGUCCCUGGAGUCGCGAUUUCCGCGAAGACUAUAACGAGGUGCCGCACGUCGUCUCCCGCCUUCGCCCGAACAUCCCGGUAAUUGCGAUGACUGCGACGUUGAGCCGUGAGGCGGAACACCAGCUCGUUCGCAAGCUGGGGUGGGCACCAGGGACCUACGUGGUCCAUCCUUGA